ACAUUUUCAGCUUAUAAAAAAGAUACAAUGGGGUUUCAGUGGUUUUUUGCUCUGUCAAUACAGUUUCUGAUGCUUUGUUUACUGUUUUCAUUCACUGUUACUAAUUGUCUUCUUUCAGUUCCUCCUACAAGAUGCCAUGAAGAUGAAAGCCACGCCUUGUUGCAAUUUAAGGAAAGGUUUGUUAUUAGUAAGUCUACUUCUUAUAAUCCUUUCAGUUAUCCUAAAAUUGCAUCUUGGAAUGCAACCACAGAUUGCUGCUCAUGGGAUGGCAUUCAAUGUGAUGAGCACACAGGUCAUGUCAUUACCAUUGAUCUUAGUAGCAGUCAAAUCUUUGGUAUAUUGGAUGCUAAUAGCAGCCUCUUUCACCUCAAACACCUUCAAAGCCUUGAUCUUGCUGAUAAUGACUUCAACUACUCUCAAAUCCCAUUUAGGAUUGGUGAGCUUUCACAGUUAAGGUAUCUGAACCUUUCUGAAGCUAAUUUUUCAGGUGAAAUCCCAGAACAAGUCUCACAUUUAUCCAAGUUACUGUCUCUUGAUCUAAGUAGGGCAUUUUAUAGUUCUCCAGAUACAGGAAAUCUUUUGAGUUUCAAAAUAUCCACUCUAAGAAGCUUAAUUCAAAACUCAACUAAUCUUGAAAAUCUUCAUCUUAGUUAUGUGACCAUUUCCUCAUCUGUACCUGAUAUUCUUACAAAUAUUACAUCUUUGCAACAACUCUCUCUUUACCAUUGUGAACUAUAUGGGGAAUUUCCAUCUGAAAUAUUCCACCUUCCAAACUUGAGAUAUCUAAAUUUGGGGCAUAACCAAAACCUCACUGGUAAAUUUCCUGAUUUUCAUUCAAGUGCACAAAUUGCCAGGUUAGAACUUGCUUCCACAAGUUUCUAUGGUACCCUACCUGCAUCCAUAGGAAAUCUCAAGUCUUUGAAUUGGUUAUCAAUUUCACGAUGCAAUUUUUCAGGGUCUAUUCCUUCUUCAUUUAGAAACCUCACACAGCUUAUGUUUCUGGAUAUUAUGCACAACAAACUAAAGGGUCAUCUUUCUUCAUUCUUGGCAAAUCUUACUAAGUUACAAACCCUGAGAGUUGGUUUUAAUGAAUUUACAACUGACACCAUCUCAUGGAUUUGUAAGCUGUCGGGAGUAAAUGAUUUGAGCCUAGACUUUGUAAAUAUUAGCAAUGAGAUUCCAUUUUGUUUUGCAAAUCUCACCCACCUAUCUGUAUUAUCCCUAUCUCACAGCAAUUUAAGUGGACAUAUUCCAUCUUGGAUAAUGAACCUAACUAAUUUAGCUUACAUGGAUCUUCGAGGAAAUAAUCUUCAGGGUGAAAUUCCAAACUCUCUCUUCGAACUUGAGAACCUGGAAAUCUUUUCUGUGAUUGGUAAUCUAUUGGAGGGAGAAUUAGAGGUGGAUAAGUUUCUAAAGCACAAAAUGCUAGUUUCAGUUGAAUUAUGUUUCAAUAAAUUGUCAUUAUUAGUUAAUGGAAAAAAUCCAUCCAAUGCAAGCCUUUCUCGAAUUCAAGGGUUAGGUUUGGCUUCAUGCAAUUUGAAGGAGUUUCCACAUUUUCUCCAGGACAUGCCUGAGCUGUCAUAUCUUUACAUGCCAAACAAUAAUGUCAAUUCAUUCCCCAGUUGGAUGUGGGGAAAAACAAGUCUUCGGGGCUUAAUUGUUUCCCACAACUCAUUGAUAGGAAAAAUAUCCCCACUGAUAUGCAAUUUGAAAUCUCUUAUGCAUCUUGAUUUAUCAUUUAACAACUUAAGCGGCAUGAUUCCCUCAUGUUUGGGAAGUUCUAUUCAAUCUCUGCAAACUUUGCGGCUAAAAGGAAACAAAUUGAUUGGCCCCAUUCCUCAAACAUAUAUGAUAGCUGAUCUGAGAAUGAUAGAUUUAAGCAAUAACAAUUUGAGCGAUCAAUUGCCAAGAGCACUGGUAAACUGUACAAUGCUAGAGUAUAUUGAUGUAAGUCAUAACCAAAUUAAAGAUUCAUUUCCUUUUUGGUUGGGAUCUCUUCCGGAGCUGAAAGUUGUUGCUCUAAGUGAUAAUCAUUUGUAUGGAUCUAUACGGUGUCCUACAACUUGUACAUUUCCCAAACUGCACAUCAUAGAUCUUUCUCACAAUCAGUUCUCUGGAAGUUUGCCUUCAAAAACAAUCCAGAAUUGGAAAUCCAUGAAAGUUUCCCGCAAGAGUCAAUUACAGUAUGAGUAUUAUAUGGCGUAUAAGUUGUUGGGGAGGUUCAGUUGGCAGGAUGAUCAAUAUAGCUAUUCAUUUACAAUGUGUAACAAAGGGAUGGUAAUGGUUUAUGAAAAGCUCCAACAGUUUUACAAUCUGAUAGCGAUUGAUCUUUCAAGUAAUAAAUUCUGUGGGGAGAUUCCAGAUGUUAUGGGAGACUUAACAGGCCUUGUUUUGCUCAACCUGUCAAAUAACAUGCUUGGUGGCAGCAUUCCUUCUUCCUUGGGGAAGCUUUCAAACCUUCAAGCAUUGGACCUAUCUCUCAACAGUUUAUCAGGGAAGAUUCCUCAACAAUUGGAAGAACUAACCUUUCUUUCUUACUUUAAUGUGUCCUUUAACAAUCUCUCAGGUCCAAUACCACAAAAUAAGCAGUUUGCUACAUUUGAGGGCAGUUCAUUUGAGGGUAAUCAAGGGUUAUGUGGGAAUCAAUUAUUGAAGAAAUGUGAGGAUGAUGGAGGGUCACCAUUUGCUCCACCUUCUGCCUCUGAUAAUAAUGAUCAAGACUCAGGAUUUUUGGCUGAUUUUGACUGGAAAGUGGUUCUGAUUGGGUUUGGGGGUGGACUUCUUGCGGGAGUGGCAUUGGAAAGCUAUUUCAGUCAUUAGAUAUUGCAUAGCUGGUUUGUUGAGUUGGAAACAGUAAAUUUGUCUUGAGGAGCUCUCUUUCCCUUGUAUUUGUGUUUUUCAUUGUAGUACUUUUCCUUUUCAGUUAUUAUAAUUGUAUUUAGCUAGCAAGAGUGCGUCUAGUGCUUUAUGCAGUUUAGCUGUUGUCUUGUUUUUUUUCUUUUUCUUUUUCCAUUGACAAUAUUGUACCAAUAUUAUAUUACAAAGAUAAAAAUUACUUCAAGACUUAAGCAGAACUUA